AUGCAGGACGAAACGCAUGCACAUUUCGUCAUGGACGAUUUCCACGCUCAGGUCAUCAGGGAAAGCGCAGAACGUUGGUGGGAUGGUAUUUACACGAUCUGCGAGCACGACGUUACGAUCAACGAAGUCCUGAGUCUUGGCAAAGAAGCGAUCGUCUCUGCCAAACUCAUCGACGCCUAUCUUGCCCUCGUCUCGCACAGCUUCGACACGCCGCGCGUUGAGGUCGUCGAGUCGGAAUUUGCCAAUCUUCUCAAGGACAUGGACUACGAGCAAGCUAUUCGCAAGUUUUACCUACCAGAGGGAAAGUCGGUCAUUGUAGCCAACAUCGACCAGCUGGAUCUGAUUUUUGUGCCGGCGCAACUGGUCGGCGAACACUGGAGUGUACUCGUUAUCGAUCUCAAGCGCAAGCGCUUCCAUCAUUUCGACUCGACGCGAACGCAAGAAGGAUCCCGACUGGCUUUCGAGACCGGCAGGAAGUUGUUGCAGAAAGAGGAGAAAGUCAGAAAACGCGAUCUGGAGCUUUCCUCAUGGAAGGAGCGAGACGACGUGCUACUCCCGGAGCUUACGAAUGCCUGGGACAGCGGCAUCUUUGCAGCACAGGCGAUCCGAUACCUGCUUCAGUCGAACAGACUGCCGUCCAGAAUGAGCCAAGAGGAUUGGCCUUUCGAGCAGGAGGCUGCCGACGCUAUUCGGUGGCACAUGUGGAAGGAGAUCACUGCGGGAGUCACAGCGCCCCUCGAGAUCAAGACGAUCUUCACAAUUUGGUGA